GCCAGCUCGAUGCUGAACGCUACAGAUGAGCUACUGCGGUUGCUACCAACCACCAUGAAUGGGAGUGAGAGCGAUGGCCUGCCCGGAGGUUCCUACUCCGACGCCGACAAUCUGACCGAGCUGUACGGACCCAAGCGGGACCCACUGUACGUGGUGAUCCCGAUCACGAUCGUCUACCUGGUGAUCUUCAUAACCGGCGUGGUCGGUAACAUUAGCACCUGCAUCGUGAUUGCGCGCAACCGGUCGAUGCACACCGCCACCAACUACUACCUGUUCAGCCUGGCCAUCUCGGACUUCCUGCUGCUGGUGUCGGGCGUGCCGCAGGAGAUCUACUUCAUCUGGAGCAAGUACCCGUACGUGUUCGGCGAGACGUUCUGCGUGCUGCGCGGCAUUGCGGCGGAAACGUCCGCCAACGCGACGGUUCUCACGAUCACGGCGUUCACCGUCGAGCGGUACGUGGCGAUCUGUCACCCGUUUCUGUCGCACACGAUGUCCAAGCUCAGCCGGGCAAUCCGGUUCAUCUUCGUCAUCUGGCUGAUAGCGAUCGUGUCGGCGGUGCCGCAAGCGCUCCAGUUCGGCGUCACCAGCCAGGCCGGCAUCGAUCAGUGCGUGGUGAAGCGCAUCAUCAUCCAGCACUCGUUCGAGCUGUCGACGUUCCUGUUCUUCUUCGCGCCGAUGACACUCAUCACCGUGCUGUACGCGCUCAUCGGCCUCAAGCUGCGCUCCUCGACGCUGAUGCAGCGCGAUGGUACGCUCCAGAGGCGUAACAAUGUGGCCGCUAGCUCGCGUCAGUCGUCCGCCACCAGUCAAGGCACCAGGCGAGUCCUCAAAAUGCUUGUUGCCGUGGUCGUUGCGUUCUUCAUCUGCUGGGCACCGUUCCACGCGCAGCGCCUCGUCUACAUCUACGGCGUGGACAAGGACCACCAGCCGUCCGACCCGCUCAUACUGCAGCUGUUCGUCGUGACGACCUACAUCUCCGGCAUCCUCUACUACCUGUCGACCUGCAUUAACCCGCUGCUGUACAACAUUAUGAGCAACAAGUUCCGCCAGGCGUUCAAGGAGACGCUGGCCAACUGCUGUCAAAUCGCGCGUCAAUCAAAUAGUGCGGAGCGAUCAUACCGAAUACUGCCCCGCCGCGAACGCCGUUCUGCUGCAAACAAGGAAUCCUCCGACGUCUCAGGCAAUUCCAUCCGGGACGAAAGCCUGUACUCGUCCUCUACUCAGAAACAAUCCUUCGACUCUAUAACGCUAUCCCGAGGCCAUUCGCUCAAGCGUCCGCCAUCGACGUCCGGUGGGCACGGUGGGGCAACGGAGGGCAUGCUGUUCGCUCCGCAGCAGCAGCAGCAGGUGUUUGGGUGGGGCGGAGUGGCGGAGACGGCGGCGUUAGUCCCUGAGUGUGUGGUGGAGGGAGGGAGCGUGUUGGUUGGGGCUUCCCGCCACGGUCGCUCCGAGCUGGACCUCUACACGCAGGACCGCGAGCUGCAGCUGAACAUCUUCUCGGGCACGUCCGGAGGACCGCCGGGCGUCGGUGGAGGAACGCUAGGACACGGUGUAGCUGGAGGGGGCGGCAGUGAGGCACCGGGCGAGUCGCAACAGCUGGCGCGCAUCAGCAUCCAGGUGAACCGGGUGAAUCGCGACGAAGGCGAGGGACUCACACCGGAGGUAGCACCGGGCGGGCGAAGCUCACGUCACGCACGGAGGCCGGAUUCACUGAGACUUCUGUGCCGGCAACCGAGGGGGCAGGACGGUCGGGUGGAGAUAUUUGUCCGCAGCCGGCAACGCCAGCGGCAGCGGGGCCGUGUGCGGUUGCUGCGAUUCUUCCAGCAGGUGCGCCAGCUCCGGCAAGGUGGACCUCCGCUGGAUGGGAAGGAGCUGGCGUCACCGGGGGCAGCGGCGGUGGUACACUUCUUCGGACCGAUCCGGCCGAUAGCGGAGCUCGAGGGUGAGGCGUCGACAGCGUCGUCGGUGUCGGCGGAGCGUGCCGACGAUGGUGUAGGUGUUAGCUGUGGGAGCAGCAUUGCUCGCGGCAGGUACUACGGAUAUCCGAACACGGACUGUGCCACCGUGUCCACCACCCUCGAGGACGAUCUCGACGCGUACAUGCGGGAGAUAAAGCUACGCGAAACGACCAUCCGCUAG